GCUGCGCUGCACCAAGGGCAGUGGCGAGUUGGCAACGCGGUGGCCGUGGCCCAUCGCAAGUGUCGAUUGACGAAAGCCGGGAGUGGAGCCUUUGCGCUCCCUCUGGCCCACGCUUUCCGCUGGGAGGGCGGGCGGUGGCCGAGGGCGAGGCCAAGGGACAAGUGCGCGGGCUGCGGCGGCGACAGGCAAUCCACAGAGACCGCUUGCGCGCCUCGCCACACGACCACGCAGUCAUGGCCGCCGCAGUGGAGCUCCAGCUACAGACUUGAUUCAACUUUGGCUGUUCCGGAUCACACUGAAAGUUGGAGAGCCUGCUCUAGUAUAAACUGAACUACAGUUGUGAAAACGCUGAACUGGCUCAUUCCGUCCCUCGCCCAGCCAGCACCAGCGUCGUGCCUCCUGCGACGGUCGUGAAGUAGUUCGAUACUGGCCACCAGAGGCGUUGCCUCCGCAGCUGCAAUGCGCAUGCCCGGUGAGACGACUCGUUACGUGUCGGAGUGAAGCUGGAGCCACUGGAGUAGCUGAGCAAGGAGCAAGCAGCUGGGUGGAAAUCAUCCAUCGCGUUCUGUUCUGCAGUCUCAUGAAAUAGGGAGUAUGUCCACAUUCUUUACUUUUGUCGCACUUUUCUAGGUAUUCGUUCGAAAGUGAUUUCAAUCGUGAUAACAGUUAAAUCAUGUGUUCGCAUGCUAUCUCGUUGGCUUAUGAAGUUUUAUUAUCGUCUCUGCGAGCCUCCCAUUGGCAAAAUCCACGUAUUACAACAAUGGAGUGGCCGGAGAUUAUUGUUGUCGCAGCUACACGUAAUCGC